AUUAAACAUUGCGUCUUCUGAUAUUGCUCUCCAGUUGAUCUCGCUUCUCGAAGCCCGCGUGGACGCAUGGAAUCUUCAAGCCACAGAUCGUCACACUGACCCUUGGAAUCGUCUUUGCAGCUUAGGACAUCUCACAGUCGGGGUGUACCCUCGGCACCCAAAGCUUUGUCGGAGGCCCACAUAUGCUCCCCAAGUAUCGCAUGACCCGUGGUCGUCCCCAGAUUUCCGGCAACCGACUCCUUCGUCCUCAAGUACUCCCGCGACGUCACUCGCGUGCACAAACUGCCGUUCCCUCCAAAAUCGCUGCUCUCGAAUUGAGUCGCCACACCGGAACCAAGUAGGACAACGGCGGCCGGUUGAAGUCAUAGUCGUCAUCCCAACUCACAGACGCAGCCAUGGAGACCACAACAGCAGAGACACCCAAGCUUGAACGUCGUGGCUCGGCACCCGUGAAGCGAAGAGUGAGCCGAGCAUGCGAUCAUUGCCAUCGAAUGAGAACAAGAUGUAACGGCCAAGCUCCGUGUUCGCGCUGCAUAGAACUCGAGUACGUCUGCCAGUACAACCGCGAAAAGAAACGACGCGGAAAAGUUCCAAGGCACAUCCAGAAGCAGCGAGAAGAGGCAGCUGCCAGUGGUAGUCCGCAAACCCCCAAUGGAAUUUCGAGUUAUUACGAGAGGCCCGGCGUAAUGGCAGAGAUGGACGAAGAUGUUUGGUCGCAGUCUGAAGCAACACCCGUUGUACAGCAUUUCCCAGCCGGCAAAGGUGGUCUACCUGCAGGUGACUGGCAAGCUCUGAACCCUGGCACGACAUUCGAUCCACCUGUCAACCACAUGAUGAUCGACCCAUUGCUUCUUGGAUCUGGUGCUGCGUACCCGGCAAUGCACGCCGAGAUGCCUCGCGAAGAGCUGAUGUACGCCAUGAAUGGCAUGCACCUUAUUCCUGGCUCUAAUGGUACACCUGUUUCGAUCCCUCCCGAGUACGCCAAUAUGAACUACCCAAUGCAAUACCAAGCAACUGGGAGGCAAUCGUCUCCUCACAGCUAUGGUUCUGUGGACACCGGGUCGCCGCAGUCUGGAGUGAGCGCGAAUUCUUCCCAGAACGGCGCUGCCAUUGCCGCUUGCAGAUACCCUGUUUUGGGGCCACUGCUACCCCACCUAGGACCGAUACUCAAUGUCACCACUGCAUGCGAUCUCCUCGAAUUCUAUUUUCAAAGUUCCUCGUCGGUGUUCAUGGAACCGGUUUCACCGUACAUUCUGGGAUCCGUUUUCAGAAAGCGAAGCUUCCUCCGACAACACAAGCCCAGAAAAUGCAGCCCCGCUCUGCUCUCAAGCAUGCUUUGGGUCGCUGCUCAGACGAGUGAAGCGAGCUAUUUGACAUCUUCGCCGUCAGCCAGAGCUAUCAUCAGCCAGAAGCUGUGGAAGCUCACAGUAGAUCUGCUCAAGCCUCUUGUUCACUCUCCAUCUUCGCACGGUUUCGCUCCCGGACCUGGACUGACAUCUGCCGCACACGACGCCUUCGGAGUUGAUCGAGCCAUAGGACGAUACGAUGGAAGACCCGACGGAGCAAUGCCACCUACCAGCACCCUGGACGAUGUUGCUACAUACAUCAAUCUUGGAGUGGUCACAUCUGCGAGCGAAUACAAAGCGGCUUCUUUGCGGUGGUGGAACGCGGCAUGGUCGCUGGCUCGAGAACUAAAAUUAGGCCGGGAGCUGCCACAAGGGCCCGCGAAGGAGCGAGAGACAGCUGCAACAGACAAGGAAAUCGAGGCGGGCAUCCCAGAAGGCGCCAGCGCGCAAGCACCCGUGGGCACACCAUCUGCAGCAAUCGUGGAAGAGAUGAAGGAGGAAAGGCGUCGAUUGUGGUGGCUGCUGUACAUGGUUGACCGGCACCUUGGACUCUGCUACAAUCGACCGCUGGCCAUGCUCGACAACGAAUGCGAGGACCUAUUCCAGCCGGUUCCCGACACCCUCUGGCAGGCGGGCGAGUUCUACACCGGCCACCCAGGAUCGCGGAAACGGGGACUCAAUUUUGAGUGUACAUCGCAUGACAUUUUCGGUUUCUUCCUGCCCUUAAUGACUAUCCUCGGAGACAUUGUAGAUCUGAAUGCACAGAAGAACCAUCCAAGAUUCGGUCAGCGGACAUCCUGGGAGCUCCACGAAGCAGAAAUUACCCGCCAGUUGGAAAGGUACGCGUACAGCAUCGAGGACUUCAAGGCACAACACGGUUGCGGCUCGAAUGAGGAAGCGCAGGCCAACAGCACCCCCGACCCUGUUCGGAGUGAGUGGAUGCAUCAGACGAGGAAAGUCGCGGCAUAUGCCACUCACAUCAUGCAUGUGUUGCACAUCCUGUUACACGGCAAAUGGGAUCCGGUAGCGUUGUUGGAGGACGACAACAUGUGGAUAUGCUCACAGUCGUUCCUUGCGGCAACAUCCAACGCGAUAUCCGCAGCGCAUGCAGUCGAGGUCAUACUGGACGUUGAUCCGGAUCUGUCCUUUAUGCCCUACUUGUUCGGCAUGUACCUCCUGCAAGGAAGUCUUAUUCUGCUCCUUCUGGCAGAUAAGCUAUCGACCGAGACCAACGACGGGGUUAUCCGAGCCUGCGAAACUAUUGUCCGGGCACACGAGGCGGCCGUUGUAACCCUCAAUACGGAGUAUCAGCGAAACUUCCGCAAAGUGAUGAUCUCGACAUUAGCGCAAAUAAAAGGCCACGGCCACGCCAGAGAGAUGACGCCUGCGAAACGGCGGGAAGUCCUAUCCUUGUAUCGCUGGACAAGCUUAGGGAACGGAUUGGCCAUAUAAGUGAGCCGUAAACUGUUCAAAGCAUGUUUGUGGGAUUUGGCGUCUGGAGCGACUCGGACAAGCCUGCGGGCUGUAUACCUGGUUGGAGCGUUGUACAACUAUAAUCUCUUUUUCGACGCGUGGUUAUGAAGACACGUAAACAGGCGCGUGCGAUCAGCUGCAUGCAGCUGUGAACGGCGUUUUUUGAGCGAUUUAGCUGUGCUGCAGUCAGGCCAGCGAAGUGUAGAUAUUUUCUAAAGUACCAAUGUACACUCUACAGCUGUCAAGCUGGUGACGCACGUGUGUGCCGUGUCACAUUCACGUGGACAGAAUCUUCGGCAUCUGCCGAGGCAGAGCUCGAC